ACUAGUCAUUAUUACUCUCUCUCUCCAUCCCAUCUCUCUGUUGACUUUCUCUCUCUUGCAUCUCAGCUUAUCUUCGGGUGUAGAAAGGGAUUUGAAUUUUUAAAAAAAGCUUAGGUGUCUCUGCAAUAAAACCGGUGGGGGGAUGUCUGUGGUGAUAACCAGAAAUCAGACCAACAUGGAUAAGGUUUGCUACUGCUGCGUAUGGAAAGAGGGCCGAAUUUUGUACAAAUACAGCAUCGGCAACCAUGAGAUCGACAACAUGGCCGCCUUAUGCUUGGAAUCCAUCCCUCCUUACCACAGAUCCUACUCCCAAACCAUUGCUUCUUACACUUUCACCUUCUUAAUCGACGGCCCCUUCGUCUACUUGGCCAUUCUCCGCCGUCACACUCUCACCAACUCCCACCUGCUCGCCUUCCUCCACAGCUUGAGGGAUCAGUUCACAAACAUCGCCUCAUCCACCAGCACUCUCGACAACAACCACUUUGCGCCAGCCGCCUGUCGCUUGGUGGCGUCUUUAGAGAGGCUAUCCGAGGGCGGAGGAGGGUCCGUGUGGCCGGACAUGAAUGGGGCUGAAGCUGCAGGCACUUCUUCCACGAAAGCACCUCUCCUUGCAAGGCCCUGCAAACAAGACAAGAAGAAGAAGAAGAAGCAGAAGAAGGAUGAUGGUGACGGUGUUGGAGUUUCUGUGAUAGAUAUUGAGACGCCCGAGCAUAGGCGAUCCGGGAACUCUGACGGGAUCAAGACUAGCCCCCAGUAUCUUAGAGACAAGUGGUGCCGGCAAGUGAGGAUUGUUCUUGCCAUUGAUGCUGCUGUCUGUGUUGUUCUGCUUGUGAUUUGGUUAGUCAUAUGCAAAGGUUUAGAGUGCAUUCGCUGAUAUAAUAUGAUUGGAGGCUUUUGCAUUUUCAUAUACAUUAGGUGGAUAUGUAGAUAUGGGAAAAUAUUAUCCUCAGAAAUAGUUAAUUGCAAAUGGUUAUAUAAUCCACUUGGGAAGAUA